ACUGUACGCCUCUCUCUGCCGUGUUACCCGCUCUCUCCUCUCUCUCCCGCAGAUCUCGCGAGAGCGGCCGGCUGGUGGCUGUGGGGGUUGCAGCAGCAGCGGCGGCGGCGGCGGCGGGCGGAGCAGGGAAGCGGCAGGCGGAGGCGGCAGCGGACGGGCGGCCGGGCGCAGGGCGGGCAGCAUCAUGGCGGACAGAGACAGUGGCAGCGAGCAGGGCGGCGGCGGCGGGGGCGCGCCGGGCGCCGGGGGGUCGGGCUCCGGCGGCGGGGGGCCGGGGGGCGGCCUGCAGCACGAGACCCAGGAGCUGGCCUCCAAGCGGGUGGACAUCCAGAACAAGCGCUUCUACCUGGACGUGAAGCAGAACGCCAAGGGCCGCUUCCUCAAGAUCGCCGAGGUGGGCGCGGGCGGCAACAAGAGCCGCCUCACGCUCUCCAUGUCGGUGGCGGUGGAGUUCCGCGACUACCUGGGCGACUUCAUCGAGCACUACGCGCAGCUGGGCCCCAGCCAGCCGCCCGAGCUGGCGCAGGCCGCCGACGAGCCGCGCCGGGCGCUGAAGAGCGAGUUUCUGGUGCGGGAGAACCGCAAGUACUACAUGGAUCUGAAGGAGAACCAGCGCGGCCGCUUCCUCCGCAUCCGCCAGACCGUCAACCGGGGGCCCGGCCUGGGCUCCACGCAGGGCCAGACCAUCGCGCUGCCGGCGCAGGGGCUCAUCGAGUUCCGCGACGCCCUGGCCAAGCUCAUCGACGACUACGGCGUGGAGGAGGAGCCGGCCGAGCUGCCCGAGGGCACCUCCUUGACUGUAGACAACAAGCGCUUCUUCUUCGACGUGGGCUCCAACAAGUACGGCGUGUUCAUGCGGGUGAGCGAGGUGAAGCCCACCUACCGCAACUCCAUCACCGUCCCCUACAAGGUGUGGGCCAAGUUCGGCCACACCUUCUGCAAGUACUCGGAGGAGAUGAAGAAGAUCCAGGAGAAGCAGCGGGACAAGCGGGCCGCCGCCGCCGCCUCCGGGCCCGAGCCGCAGGCGGAGACGGAGAGCAGCGCCGCCGCCGCCGGGCCCCCCGGAGCCCUGCUGCAGGCCGACGAGCCGGAGGAGGAUUGAUCCCGACUUGGCUCCUGGCUGCCUCCCUGCCUGCUGCACAGAGACACACACAGACACACACAUACACACACAGACAGAGACUUAUACUGUAAUAAAGAGAACCCCAGACACAGAACCAGAGAGAGAUAAAUACAAAAAAAAAAAGUAAAACCAA